GGGAGGAAGCCCCGCCCCCGGCGGCGGCAGGCGGCGCUGCGGUUGGCCGGCGGCGCCGCCGCUCAGAGCGGGGUCGGGGGUCAGAGUGCGCGGAGUUUCAGAUGCCUCUGGAUGUUCAAUGAUAGCACUCCUCCAUACUGGAGCAGCAAAGUUUCCCCAACACUUUCUUCCAAGGGCGAGACAAGCUGUGUGCCUGCUCCUCCCUGCUCCUCUUCUCAAAGGGUACGGCUCCAUCAUAAGCAGGAAACUGGCGUCCCACGGCUUUGGAGCUUCCAUGGCAGCAAUGUCAUCCUUCCCUCCACAGAGAUAUCACUACUUCUUAGUGCUGGAUUUUGAGGCCACAUGUGAUAAACCACAGAUUCAUCCUCAGGAGAUCAUCGAAUUCCCUAUCCUGAAGCUGAAUGGAAGGACGAUGGAAAUUGAAUCCACCUUUCACAUGUAUGUUCAGCCUGUGGUGCAUCCCCAGCUUACGCCCUUCUGUACAGAGCUGACUGGGAUUAUUCAAGGCAUGGUGGAUGGGCAGCCGAGCCUCCAGCAAGUGCUUGAGAGGGUCGACGAAUGGAUGGCAAAGGAAGGACUCUUAGAUCCCAGCGUCAAGUCGAUUUUUGUGACCUGUGGAGACUGGGAUUUGAAAGUGAUGUUACCAGGACAAUGCCAGUACUUAGGGCUGCCGGUUGCUGAUUACUUCAAACAGUGGAUUAAUCUGAAAAAGGCGUACAGCUUUGCCAUGGGGAGUUGGCCAAAGAACGGACUCUUAGACAUGAACAAAGGACUGAACCUACAGCACAUAGGGAGGCCUCACAGCGGGAUAGAUGACUGUAAGAACAUCGCCAACAUCAUGAAGACACUGGCCCAUAGAGGCUUCAUCUUCAAGCAGACCUCCAAACCCUUUUGAUCCCCAGGGCAGGCCAGGCAGGGCUGCAUGCGCCCGGCGCCGGCGAGGCGGGGAGGACGGGCUCUAGCAUUCAAACGGCAACCGAGGCCAGAGGAACCGACACAAAUCUCAAUUCAGCUGUUACUCCAGUAGAGGUUGUAUAUAUGGGAAGGCAAAUCUGUGUAGACCUGAUGUGACUCCCUCUCUGGGCUGCUCCGGACAUUAUGCCAUGCUAGCGGACAGCCGCGUAGGGCGCUUGCACCACAUUUUAGACUCGUAGUUUGUUCUUUUCUUUGGCUCCCGAUUUCCGUCCCUCCCUCCGCGCCCCACCCCGUCCUCCCUCUCCCGCCCCGUAGCCACCACGUCCCCCGGCAUGGGCCGUCCCCGCCUUCCCUUCUUUCUUUUUGCUGGUUUUAUGUUUUCAGGCCUUGACGGCUGCUGCAGCGCGUGCCCACGCCGCGCUCCUAGAGACUCAGCAGUGUCGAGACGGCCCCCGCCCUCCCCGCCAGCCCCGGCCUCUCCCCGAGCGCCUUUCUCCCCUCUUUUUGAAGCGACACUAACCCCUCUCUGACUCCUGUAUGUGACAAACGCAAUCCGUCUCUUUAUGUUCAAGGUGAAGUGCCUGUAUUCUCCGCUGCAGAGCCCCUGGCAGCCCUGGUGCGGGCUGCGGGGCCCCGGAGGGCUCCCUUCAGUGGGGCAGGGGCCCGGCGGGCGGGUAGGCGGGCAGCAGGGGGGAGGUGACAGCGUGCAGAGCCCCCGUCCCGUCCGCUCGUGCCUCUCGGGGAUGGGUGGGAUGCCCAGCCCUGCCCCAGCACCACCGACCCGUCCCAGCUCCGCCGGGGCCAGGUGUGCCGCAGCACCGCGUCCAUUGCCGGCGGUGGACGUGCCAGCGCGCGCUGGCCCCGACCCACAGGUACCUGGAGCAGGGGAUCUGUAAAUCGGCCCAGGUCCCCCGGCCCGCUCCCCUCCCGCUCCCCCGGUUCCCAUGCUGAGGCUCAGCCCCCGCGUGCCCGCGGUCCCCGCACUCCCCGUGCCCCUCGCGGGUCCCCGCGGAUGCUCAGCAGCAGCUGGCUUGUUGCCUGAGAGUUGCCGAGCGCGUCCCCUCUGGCUGGGUGGGUUCGCAGUCGGGGGCAGCCACGGGGCAGGCUGAGGGCGUGCAACCCCAGUGUCACCCAGUGUCACCCAGCCCCGGGGCCCUGCUGAAUGGAGCCCUCAUCCGGGUGCUGACCUGCAGGGAGGCUGCAGCCCCGGGCCCGUGCGUGCAUGGCCUGGAGCGAAGCCGGUGACGGCAGCCAGAAGGGCAAUACAGGCACUGAACUUGGCGGUACAUGACUGCAUGGUGUGUGGUGUUCCAGUUAAACCAACCGAUAAUGCAAACCCAGCAUUUUCAUUGUCUAGUUAUUCCAAUCCUUGCUGUAAAUGUGCCACAUGAAUAAAGUUUGGGGGUAAAGGA